CUGCCUCAUUAGAUUCUCCAUCUCUGUUUUCUCUGUUUGUGUCUUGGCCUCUCUUUCAUCUUUUCAGUCUUCAGCACAUCACUUACACAACUCUUCUUAGCCAUUAACGAAGCCACCACAAAAGUUAGAUUUAAUUGCAAACAAAACAACAACAACAGCAGCAACAACAACAUCAAUAACAUAUCAACAGAAGCAAUUAGCUGGUGCGAUGCGGUGUAUGUCGGUAUAUUGUCGCCUCCGUAAAGAAAGCCAGCACCGCUGUUACAAUAUUCGUCUGUAUUCUUGCAUAACAGCCUGGCUAGAAGGUACACAGGAUGCUUUCACCUUGCAACAACCAAGCCUGUCUUCAAUGUGAAUGCACACUUUUGUGCAUGCGUGCAUUUGUAUUUGUAUGCAUGUACAAGUAGCAGGCACAUGUAUUUGUGCGCGUGUAUAUCUAUGUAGGCAUAUUAUAGCUUAGUCCAAAAACAAAUGCAAAAUCCUGUUUGCCAGCAAUUCUACCAUCUCUAGAUUUCACCGGGACUACCAAAGAAAUAUAUACCAGUUAUAUGCUGAGGGCCGGGCAGUCAAGAGGACCUUGUGUUGGAGUAAGGACAUUGUCAUCAAAUAUUUUAUAUUCACUUGCAGAGAUUUUACGUUUGAAUCGAGCUUUUGUCGUUGUUGUUGUUGUUGUUGUCUGAGAGUGUGUAUGUUGAAUUAAUGAGAGUCAAAGACAUUUACCCUGCUAUGCGUUGGACGUUCUGUGGAUUCUCAACUACGCCAUGGAUUGCUUUAUGCCACGGGUGGGAAUGCAAAAAGUACACCCCAAAAAAUGUCAAAAUCGUUCUGACUGCCAACUGCCUCAGAACAGUGUGGAUUGCAUUGAUAAUGUUACCAUGGCAGCGAACACCGCGAUCAAAGGGCAGAUUGGAAUGUUCCAGUCAUGCUAUCGACCAAAACCUGUUUCCAGUGAGAAACCAUCAGAUGGCAGCAUGCACUUCAGUAUCAUUCGACAUCCAAAAGAAUUACUCGAUGUUAUGAAUAUAUUAUGGCACUCAAGGAAACUUUGUGAUGUGACGUUCAAAGUUGGUGAAGAAUCCUUCCAGGCCCACAAAAUAGUGUUAGCUGCUGCCAGUCCAUAUUUUCGUGCCAUGUUCACUGGUGGAAUGAAAGAGGAAGAUAUGACCGAGAUUCCUUUGCACUGCAUAUCCCCAUGCAUACUUGGUAUUCUUAUCAAUUUCGCCUACACCUCUGAAAUCCAAAUCAACGAGAUGAAUGUUUGCCAGUUGCUGCCAGCUGCUACUAUGUUUCAGAUCACACGCAUCGUCGAAGCUUGCACGGUGUUUCUCGAGCAACAGCUGGACCCUAGUAACUGCAUCGGUAUUGCAGACUUUGCCAGUGAACAUGGCUGUAUGGACCUGUACAGUAAGGCAGGGGAAUACAUCUACCAGAACUUUUGUAAAGUAAGCAAAUGUGAAGAAUUUCUGAUGCUUUCUCCGUGUCGAUUGGUCAGCCUGAUCAAACACGAUGAGCUAAAUGUUGCCUGUGAGUCCGAAGUGUUUAAUGCUGUCAUUCGUUGGGUGGAGAACGACUCUGAGAAACGUCUUAGUAAGUUGGAGAGUUUACUUGGAGCUGUACGGUGCCAUUUCCUUUCACCAAAGUUUUUGGAGAAACAGCUCAAGAUGUGUAAAUUGCUCAAGAAAAAUCCACAAUGCCAGAGUUAUUUGGCACGCAUUUUUGAAGAACUAAAACUCCACAAACAGAUUCCUGAAGUUUGCCGCAAGCCUUGCAAACCGAUGGUUAUUUUCACAGCUGGAGGUUAUCUCCGGCAAUCUCUUAGUAACUUUGAAUUCUUCAAUUUAGAGACAAAUGAGUGGCGGCGGUUGCCUGACCUGCCUGUACCACGUAGUGGGCUGAGUGCGUGUGUCGUGAAGGGUAUUCUUUAUGUUGUUGGUGGACGGAACAACUCACCUGAUGGUAAUAUGGAUUCGGCUUCCUUGGACAUGUAUGACCCGUAUCGGAAUAUGUGGAGACCUUGUGCACAGAUGUCUGUGCCAAGAAAUCGAGUUGGUGUUGGGACAAUUGAUAAUAUGAUUUAUGCUAUUGGAGGUUCACAUGGAUCUCAACACCAUGAAAUUGCUGAAAGAUAUGAUCCAGAAAUAGAUCGUUGGAUAUUAAUUUCUCCUAUGGAGACUAAACGGAUUGGUGUUGGUGUAGGCGUUGUCAAUCGGCUAUUGUAUGCGGUUGGUGGCUUUGAUGGAAGGAAUCGUCUGUGUAGUGUUGAAUGCUAUCAUCCUGAGAGAGAUGAAUGGAAAUUUGUGGCACCCAUGAAUACAGUACGAAGUGGUGCUGGUGUGAUUGGUAUGGAACAUUAUAUUUAUGCUGUUGGAGGCUACGACAGCCACUCACAGCUACGUUCUGUGGAAAGAUAUUGCACUGAAACCAAUGUCUGGGAAUAUGUUUCUUCUAUGAAUAGUCCGAGGAGUGCACUUAGCGUUGCUGUUGUUGGUGGGAGACUAUUUGCACUUGGUGGAUACGAUGGAAAUGAUUUCCUUUCUUCUGUGGAAUGUUAUGAUCCUGACACUAACUGUUGGACUAAUGUGACAAACAUGACCUGUGGACGGAGCGGUCAUGGGGUGGCAGUAGGAGCUGAGCCGUGUUCAUGACCCAUACCAUCCACCCCACCAACAAGAAAAGGGGUUCCCAAAAUUCAAAUAAUGACUGCUGAAUAGAUAUAGUUUGCAAAUUAUUAUCAAAGAAACAAACAUUGUGUUACUUCUGCUGUUUGUUAGAGGAGCCUCAUAGAACUUCCAUUCCUGCUGAACAAACGAAACUACAUCCAUGUCCAUCUACCAGAAUAAUAUAAUAUAAUAUUAUAUAUAUAUAUGCACAUACAUACGCACAUACAAACACAUAAUCACACGUAUGUAUGUAUAUAUAU